AUGGAAAACGGCUCCGCCUCUGAGGGCAAAGAUCCCUCCGCAUUCCUCAGCGAAAUCACCGGUGCCCCCGUCACGGUCAAGCUGAAUUCCGGCGUGGUCUACAAAGGAGAGCUGCAGUCUGUCGAUGGCUAUAUGAAUAUCGCGCUGGAGAAGACCGAGGAAUACGUUGAUGGAAAACUGAGACGGAGUUAUGGCGAUGCUUUUGUGAGGGGGAAUAAUGUCCUUUAUAUCUCAGCCGAUUAA